CGUGCCCAAACACCUCGCAUUAAAUUGAAAUCCUGCGAAACGCAGCAUCGAACCCAGAAGCUUCACUUCACUCGAUUCAUAGCAGAAGAAGAGAUUACUCUUCUCACUCAUUCAUGGAUAACGAAAACGGGAAAUCAAGCAUCAGAGUCCUGUGUCGUAGGCUUGUGAUCAUCAAGAACGAACCAGGCCUUCAAUGGCUCAUCGGAUCACAUUUUUUCCCUCCCUUCACAAUCCUCUCCACCUUCAGAUGCAUCCACACCCUCCCAUCCAAUCCUCUCUCUCCAGAUCACUCCAAAGAAUCAGAUGAUCUUCGAACACUGCUACCAAGAGGUUUUACUGUUAUCGGAGCGCUAAUUGUUGGAAAUAAUUUGAAUUUGGAACGAAUUGCUGGUGAGGCUAUUGAUGCUUCUCGGAAAUUGAGGGAGUUUCUUGAGGGUGAUGAUAAUGGGGGAAAAUUGGGAGAUCAGAGUUUAAUUGGAGCCGUUUUGGAUUCGAAUGUUGGAGAAGUUCGGUUUUUUGUAUCGAGAUCAGGGAAUUCGAGUAAGAUUGGGGCUGUUUCGGAUGUUGUGUAUGAAGAAAAUGCUGAGAAGUAUGUGUGGGAGAGAGGUUGUAUGCUUCGAUGCGAGCUUCCGAUUAAGUUGCCUUUAUAUUAUUCUGUAAACAGUCUCAAAGAUGCGGAGAAUUUUUGUUUGCAGGCAACUGAUGCCAUUGCUGCUAAGCUUAGAGAUCCACAAGUCACAUACAUUGUAGAAACCUUAAAUGAAUCCUUAACUGAAGUACCUCGGCCUGUCAUACUUCGUGGUGUGGAAUUGGAUUUCCAGACAAAUCUCUCAAAUGCUUGGCAGUUAAUUAAAACUGCUCAAGAAUCUGAUGCCAAAUCCUUACCAUGUUCAUAUUUUUGUUCAAAAAGUAAUGAUAACUCAUCGUUUACUUCUAUGGAGGAGAGUGCAGAUAAAAUCCAAGUAACUAUCCUACUUAAUAGGUCAGGGAAUCCUUCAAAAUCUGCUGCACCUAUUGCGAAAUUUUUUCCAGCUUUGGAAGAUGCCAAACUUUUGGUUGUAGAUUACAAGCUAGAAGUGCUUUGCUAUUCGGCAAAGGAUCUUCCACUGUCAUAUGCAGCCUCAAAGUUAAUUAUCCCUGGAUUAGUUGACCAGUUAUGUACAAUGAAGAAUACAAUCUUGCCCUACCUCUUAACACAUCAUCCACAGCUGCAUCCUUACCACUUCAGUCCUCCUGGGAUUUUGCAUCCAAUAACGGUCGUCUAUGAACUCAAUUAUGGGGAGACAGAAAUCAAGCAAGUUGAAAUCAGAAAAUCUCUGCAUUUGAGGCUGGGAUUACCUUUCGAUCGUCCUCUCCUAAGAAUUGCCAAUGCCAUUAAUUUAUCUAUAACAAAGGAUAGUGCAAGGAGCAACUCCACACGAAGGGGUUCCCCUUUGCUCAAGGAUGUACAUCUUGGAAUUCCAAGCAGUGGAGCUUCUGGGGGGCUAGUCUCUCUUAUUCAAGGUUCUUAUGAGUACCAUCAUUACCUUCAAGAUGGAUUUGAUGACUCGGGCUGGGGCUGUGCUUACCGCUCUCUGCAAACUAUCAUUUCAUGGUUUAGACUCCAACAUUACGCCUCCAUUGAUGUUCCUUCACACAGGGAAAUACAGCAGUCGUUGGUAGAGAUUGGCGAUAAGGACCCUUCAUUUAUGGGGUCACGUGAAUGGAUUGGUGCCAUUGAAUUAAGCUUUGUUUUAGACAAACUUCUAGGUGUCAGCUGCAAAGUCAUAAAUGUGAGAUCUGGAGCCGAGCUUCCUGAAAAAUGUCGAGAGCUGGCCUUGCAUUUUGAGAACCAGGGAACACCGGUUAUGAUUGGUGGUGGAGUUCUUGCUUAUACCCUUUUGGGAGUUGAUUACAAUGAAGCAAGCGGAGAUUGUGCAUUUCUCAUUCUUGAUCCUCACUACACGGGCAAUGAUGAGCUUAAGAAAAUUGUAAAUGGCGGAUGGGUUGGGUGGAAAAAAGCUGUUGAUAGCAAGGGAAAGCAUUUCUUCUUGCAUGAUAAAUUCUACAAUCUUCUGUUGCCACAAAGGCCUAAUAUGGUUUAGGUAAAACUUAAUUUUUGAACAAGUAAAUAACCAUGAUAUAUAAUGCACUAAUUUAUUUUAGUAGAAAAGAGUAAAUUUUAGUGUUUUACAUGAAACAGAGUUUUUCAGAUUUUAGAGAUUAGAGUGAUAUGGACUACCCAUGGAUCUCUUACCAUUUUCUUUUUGAUACAAAAUGCUGAAUUUUGGUUACUUACAGCUAAGGAAGAAUGUGGAUUGCUUUCUUUGUCAAUCUCCUUUAUUAUUUGAUUAAACUUGCAAUGUAUGUGUGUGUCAUUAUGUGUUGCA